GCAGAGUUCAGCUCAGUGGAAGCUGGAGCAAGGAGAGGGCAGAAAGCAGAGAGAUCCGUCUGGGUUUUAUUAUGCUCAAUUUGAUCAGUAAUUGCCAAUAUAACCGGUCGGACCCAUGGUGAAGAGAAAGAAAACCUCGCCUACUACCGAAGAGUACGAAAAUGGUAUGACACCGGGCUCCAGGGAGGGGAUCGGUGUCGAUGGGAAGAGGAAUCCGUCCAGAAAGCCCGAAGGUUGCGACGAGGAGGAGAGCGGAGAGCAGGCGAGCGAGGAGCGCAGUACAAAGGGAGACGACGGAGUGGAAAUUCUUAAUCCAUCAGCCACGGGUCUCAGCGUCGGUCUAGCCCCAGUCCUCCCUGCCUCUCCACCGAACCGAACCGGUCCAGCCUCGAGCCAGCAGCCCCAGAGCUCAGCGGAGCCCGCCCCCCCGUGUCACGACCAGCAUCAUUUUCUCCGAUCAAGCGUUCGACCUCCGAGUAAACGUAUCCGGAAGGAUUCAAUCGGCUCAACCAUCAAUGGACAUGGCGGGGCAAAAUCGAAAGGGGCUGAGAUUGGUUCUUCCUCCCAAGGGGCAGUGGGACAGUCAGGGCCUAUGGUCGGCUCCACAGGGGGAGUGUCUAAGUCCUCCAAGGGCCAAGGGUGUGCUGAGAAAGAGGAGCAAGCUGGUAACCAGAAAAGGGCCCGUCGGCAGUGGGAGUCUUGGAGUGCAGAAGACAAAAACAGCUUCUUUGAGGGGCUCUAUGAGCAUGGGAAAGAUUUUGAGGCUAUCCAGAACAACAUUGCAAUGAAGUACAAGAAGAGAGGCAAGCCAGCCAACAUGGUGAAGAACAAGGAGCAAGUCCGCCACUUUUACUACCGCACCUGGCACAAGAUCUCCAAACACAUUGACUUUGCCAAUGUGUACUCCCGAGUGCUGAAGAAAUCCUCUCAAGAACUGUAUGGUCUCAUCUGCUACGCUGAGCUCCGCAAAAAAGUUGGAGGAUUAAUGGAUGAUAAGAAUGUGGCAAAGCUGAACGAACUCAUCCAGCAGGGGGCCACCACUGUGCGCUCUAAAGGGAGGAACCUACGAAUCAAAGCGCCCAUGUGCCGUGCACUGAAGAAACUUUGUGACCCAGAUGGAGUGAGUGAUGAAGAGGACCAGAAGCCAGUGCGAUUACCUCUGAAGGUGGCAGUUGAGCUUCAGCCACGCAGUAACCAUUCCUGGGCCCGUGUUCAAAGUCUAGCCCACAACCCUCGGCUCAGGAUGGUGGUGGAGCUUCACAGGAAAGUCUCCAGUCUCAUUGAUUAUCUGAAACAGAAGUGGGCACACCAUGACCAGCGCAUUCUUAAGAGUCUCAUGGAGCGGGAGGCUCUGGAGGGCGCCCAGUCCAGCACAGCCUGUCCCAGCAAAAACCAGCCAGAGGAGCUUUUUCUUGUGGCACGUGUAGUUCACUCCAAGGCCUCUUGUACUGUACACUGGCUAGAGAGUGGCAAGAACCGGCCUAACGCUAAGGAAUUGCCAGCUGCCCAGAUCCUUGGCAUCCACACGGCUCCACCACCUCGGACUGGCACUAAAUCUGGACGGGGGAGCACUGCAGCAGCUGCUGGUGCAGCUUCAGUGACUGUAUUGGGUGAUACUCGUCGGACUGAGCCCCAUAACCCUGAGCCUUCACCAGACAGUUCUGCAAAGGUGGAGGAGAAGAGACCUUUGUCUGUUUCUGUCCCUGCUUCCUCUCAGCAGACUGUUGCACCUAGAGAAGAGGGAACUGGAUUGGGACCCUCUGAGGGGGCAAAGACCUGUACUGACAUGGAGGCCAGUGGUGGAUCAGCAGUGACUAAAAGCACAGAGAAAUUGUGUAGUGGUGUAGAGAGCUCAUCAGAGCAGUGCAAAGAGGAGCUGAAUACCAGCACCUCUUCACCCGAGAUCAACCAGACCCCUCCAGCCAAACCUCUGGUGAUUGCCUCAGACGAGGGAGUGGCACAGGGCUCUACACCAGCAGCCAAAGAACGGAGUGUUGAGCAGAUCAGAGAGGAGGGCUGGAGUGUCCGUGAUGCAGAGAACGUCACCCUGGCUGAGCUGUACCUGAUGUUUGGGAAGCCAGGCAAGCUGCAGCUGGAGUAUGAAUGGCAGCCUGUUGCUGUUUCACCAAACAACCAAGAAAAUGGACAAGGCUUGGCUCAAUCCAAGCCCAGCAGGACACACCGGGUUUUGCGUUGCCUACUCAAGCUGGUUGCCACUGAGGUCAAUCCUAAACCUUUGGCUCCAGAGCUGUGCUCCACAGCCACAUCACCACUCAGAACUCACCAGGAGGAGCAAAACCAGGCCCUCACAUCUCCAGGAAAAUUUCCUGUAGCAGGUGUUCGCAGCCCCAGUUGCGGCCGGCAGCAGGCCUCUAUCCGAGGGGCCAGGUUACACUUGGCAAACACUGGAGUGUCAGGUGGACGCAACCUUCCUCGCUCUCUGCUGGGAUCAACAGUGGGCAGUGACUCAGAGGGCGGUGUUUUUGCAGUACCCACCACACUACCCCCCAACAGUUCGCGACACAACCGAAUGUUCUCCCCCAACAAGGAAGCCGAGCUAGCCUUCAGACAACAGCUUGACUCUAUCAGUAUGCAGUCAGAUCUUUUCCUUUCCAGACAGCGAAAACCUCGGAAUAGGCAACUGCGGAAACCGCUUGUAGUUCAGCGAACACUGCUACCCCGAACCGCAGGAGACACUCCUCAGCAUGUCUGCUCCUUCUCCAUCCUCUCCAACUCCUCUGCCACAGGAACUGGAUCCUUCCGGCCAAUCCAUACUCGUCUCGCUCCUUCCGCCCGCCCCCUCAUUUCCAAAGCUUCUCCUGCAGCGCCCAACUCUACAGCGACUAACCAACUCUCCAGUGCCAUUGACCUGGCAGCUAAGUCAGCAGGCAUCAUCCCUGGAAGUCCCUGUCGAGAGUUGGGUUCUCCGGCUGUCGAUAGCAGCACUGUGCUUGCCGCCACACCCGUUGUUGAUGCUGAACCAGACUCUCAACUCCUUCAGCAAAAUGUCCCAGAGAAUGGUCUGCCUCCACCAUCUCCUGGGGUAACUGGUGGUGGAGACUCGCUCCUCUCUCCACCCAGCGUAGCCUCGCUACUGGACAUCUCACUCCCUGGCCCCCCUGAAGAGGCUUUAGCCCCCGGAGAAACUCAAACACACAUCAGUGACUCCAUCAUCGAGCUUGCCAUCAACUCUGCCCAUUAUGGUGAGGAUGCUGCUCUCUCUCCAGCCAAGCUGAGCAACAAUGACACCUCCAAACUGCUGGCCUCAUCUCCAUCAGUCAGCCCAUCCCGAGGCUGGAUCCCAUCACCCAGCCACGACCCCCAGUGGUACCCCAGCGACUCAUCUGAUUCCACACUGGGUUGCCUCCUCUCCAGCAUGGUCUCCCCUGAUAAGAGCAGGCGAACCACCCUAACCCCCUCUGGCCCCUCCAGUGGCACAGCUUUGCUUGGUCCCAGCCUCCUGGACUGCAACUCCCAUGAUUCUUUCCAGUCUCGUGGCCUUUCUGAUGUGGCAGAGAUGGACUCUCAGCUUGCUUGUAUGAUGAGUGAGAGCAGCGUAGACUACAUUGCUCGCUUCAAUGAUCUGGCUCAAGAGCUGGCUGUGACUGAGCCCUCCAUCCCGCCACCCUGAGGAAGAGAGGACCAUUAUCUGAAGAACAUAAGAUGCCGAGUGACCAGAGGAGAGGUCUAGACUGUCGCCCUGCUGUUCGUUCUACAUUGGAGAAAAGACAGCUGUGGUGAAAGACCAACCCCCAAAAGCCAUCCCUGCCCUGUUUGUAAAAGUGCAAUAAUAACAGUGAACCUUGACCGUUGUUCAAAAUGACUUCAAAAUGUGUUGGUUUCACUGAACUGUUAUUUUAGGUGGAAAUUCCCUUUAAAAAAAACUU